AUGUGUCUCGUUAACGAAUUCGUAUCGAAUAGCAAUAUGAAGCCGGCGCUCAACGUUUCUGGCGACGAAAAGGAGCUCAUCCUUCAGCUGCGUCGUUAUCUCGAGGAAAAGCUCACCUAUCUUCUAGAUCAAAAUGGUACAGUCAGUAUUGGAGUUUCCGGUGGAUCGAUGCCACGAGUCUUUUCGAAAGCUAUUCUCUCUUUGCCACAAGAGCAGCUGAAUUGGAAGAGGAUUCGAAUUUUUAUGGUUGAUGAGCGUAACGUUGAUCUGGAUAGCGAGGAAAGUAAUCAGGGAGAAUAUUUGAGAUUAUUCCCGAAUGAGCUCAGAGACGUUUUUGUGCCCAUGCAAAUUUUCAAGGAUCCCUGCCUCACCGCCCAACACUAUGAAAUCAGUCUUCGUAAAUACUUGCUCCCGGAGCAGCUCAACAAUACUGCUCGUUUCGAUAUUCUUUUCCUUGGAGUUGGUCCAGAUGGUCACACUGCAAGUAUCUUCCCUGGAAAGGAGCGGCUGGAGAAGAUUACCGAGCUAAAUUGGGUUUCCGUCAUCACAGACUCCCCGAAACCUCCACCAUCUCGUAUCACACUUACUUUGCAAACUCUUCAACACGCCAAAAACGUUGCUUUCAUCAUUUGCGGGAAACAAAAAGCGGAAAUUGUACGAGGAAUUUGUGAUCGUGAUCAAAAGUAUCCGGCCGCUCAAGCACGUCCAUUCAACGACAAAUUGACACUAUUCCUCGAUGAAGACGCAGCAACUGGUGUACCGGAUAGAGAUUCGUCGGAUUCUGACUCUCCUCCACCGUUUGACGGAUGA